AUGAUCUGGAUCAUUCCUCUGCUGCUCGUCCUGCUUUAUCUGAGCCUCACACGUCAGUGGAGAUGCAAGAAUGAACCACCUCUCGAUGUAGGAAUAAUCCCAUGGUUGGGUCAUGCACUUGAAUUUGGAAGAGAUGCCUCCAAAUUCAUAAUCCGAAUGCAGGAGAAACACGGCAACAUUUUUACCGUGCGUGUUGCGGGCCGCUACAUUACGCUUCUGCUGGAUCCUCAUUCGUACGAUGCCGUCAUCAAUGACUCGGACUCACUGGACUUCAGCCGCUAUGCACAGGUGCUCAUGAGCAGAAUCUUCAACCUGGAACUUCCUCCUCAGCAGCCGGCUAAGGCAAAGAUGAUGACGAAGAGGCACUUCCUGGGCAAGAAUCUGUCCACACUGAACAGAACCAUGAGCCGGCACCUGGGGACCCUGCUGAAAACUGAGAUGCAGCACGACCAGAGGAACUGGAAGGAGGAGGGACUGUUCAGCCUCUCCUAUCGCUUACUUUUCAAGGCGGGGUACCUCACGCUGUUUGGAGGGGAACAGAAUAACAACAGCUCCAAUAGUUCCGAAGUCUACAAGGAGUACAAGAAGUUUGACGGCUUCUUGUGCAAACUGGCAAGGGGGACACUGAAAGCAGAGGAGAAGAAGACAGCACACGGUGUUCAGAGAAGACUCUGGGAGCUUCUGGCUUCAGCAGGUCUAACUAAUGACUCGGGAUCAAGCAUGUGGCUCCACGCCUACAGACGACUCCUGCAGGAGGACGGGGUUGACGAGGAGACGCAGAGAAAGGCGCUGCUGAUGCAACUCUGGGCCUCACAGGGUAACGUUGGCCCUGCUGCGUUUUGGCUUCUGGGCUACCUGUUGACAAAUCCUGAAGCUCUGACUGCCGUAAAGAGGGAGUUUGGCCAGAUCUCAAAGAUGGAAAACUCAGGGACUCCUCUCCCGGACAGAGACAUGAACACUCCUGUGUUUGGUGAGGAGAUUUUGCUGACAGAGAAGUGA